GGAGAUAGUCUGACGGAUAGCGCAGGAGAAAGCCAGGCUGGAGCUGCCCCGGGAAGUCAGGAGUCUGCUAGAGUCAACGCAGAUCAACGCCAUUUCACCACCUACUAAAAGAGGGAAACACUGAAGCGACAGAAUGGCGGUGGAUAUCUACGACUCUCAGUACCUCCUCAUCCUGGCCCCUUCCCUGGUCAUCGCCCUCAUGUUCCUCUUCUUCUGGCUGUUCAUGAAGGAGACCUCGUAUGACGAGGUGCUGGCCCGGCAGAAACGGGACCUCAAGCUACCACCAUCCAAGCCAGACACCCGCAAGAGGAAUGAGAAGAAGAAGAGCAAGAAGAAGGAGAGUUCCAGCGGAGGAGGCGGUGGAGGUGGAGGAGACUCAGAGGAGGAUGUGAGGGAUUUUGAUAUGGCUGAUGGCGCCAACAGUUCCACUCCGGAGCUCGAGGAAGAACCUGCUCCAGUGGCCACACCAGACCUGGAUCCACCAACACCUACUCCCUAUGUGCCUGUUUCAGUGUCUACAGAAGCUCCUGUCAGUCUGAGGGAGAGGAAGAAGAAGGAAAAAAAGGCUGCCAAAGCUGCAGCAGCUGCUGCUGCCGCGGCGGCUGCUGCAGCUUCCUCCUCUGAGGAGCCAGAAGUGAACGGCUCGAAGCCCAUCAGCAAGAAAAUAGAACCAGCGCUGGCUGCGAGCAAACAGUCCAGCCCUCCCUCACCCAAGCUGGAGGCCCAGGUCCAGCUCACACAGGCUCCUGUUCAGGCUCAGACACCGCCCCAGAGCUCUGGGAAGAAGAAGAAGGAGAAGAAACCAAAAGUAGAGCCUGUGGACGACCAGCAGCCAGAGAUUAAGGCAGAGCAGGCUCCAGCUCCAGCCAAGAAGGAGGCUCCCAUCUUGGCUGAAUCCAAAGUUCUGGAUAGUGCAACUCCGAGUGCUCCCAGUGGCAAAAAGAAGAACUCUGCCAAGAAGCAGAAGACAGAACAUGUGGAUGAUGCUCAUGUCCUGGCUGACUCAGCAGCUUCUGCCAACCACCAGACAGCCCAUAACGACGACGUACCAUCCAAAGGCGGCAACAAGAAACAAAAGAAUGAGACGGACAAAGAGAACACAGAGGUGAAGCUGAAGGAACUGUUGUCUGGUCUGUCCAGCCUGGCUCUGUCAGAGGCCGAGGCCGUCAGCGUGAUCGCUCUGCUCCGAGAGAAGAGCCCUAAUGCCUUGGACGCCUGGAACAAAACUGCCGCAAGGACCGACCCGGCUGCACAGGAACGAGAGAGAUUCCUCACAACUCUGCAGGAGGAGGCCUCCAUUGCCAAGGACAAAGUGAAACAGCUCAGCCAGGAGCUUCAGGUGGAGAAGCAAAAGACGGGCCGUGUGGAGGCCAUGUUGAGAGAGCAGCGUGGCGCCAUGGAGAAAGAACUUGGGGGAAUGCAGGCCAAAGCUCAGGGCAGCUUCCAGGAGCUCCAGACCAUGCAGAUAAAGUUCCAGCAGGCGAGGGAGCAGAUGGAAAGCCAGAUUACUCGACUGCAGCAGGAGAACGGUAUCCUGAGGGAUGCAGUGAGCUCCGCCACCAACCAGAUGGAGAGCAAGAAUUCAGCCGAGCUGAACAAGCUGCGAUCUGAGUAUGCCGCUAUGAUGAAAGAGCUGGCAGAAAACAACGGCAAGCUGCAGCAGGAGGAGCACCAGAGGAAGUCACUGGAGGUCAGCUACAAGCAGAACGUGUCCCAGCUGGAGGCCCAACUGCAGGAGGCGAAGCGACGGUGGGAAGACCUGCAGAAUUUCUGCCACGGUGUCAACGCUGACAGAGAGAAACUGCAGACCUCUAAGCAAGAGCUCCACAGCCAGCUGCUGGCAGCAGAGACAGAGAUGAACAACAAGAACAAGGAGAUCCAGACCCUGCACAGCAGCCUGACUGAAGCCAUGGUGUCCAAGGAGCGGCAGGAGGAGACGGUGAUGAAGCUGAUGGAGAUGUCGCAGCACAGCAUGCCGGAUGACUCUCUGCAGGCUAGGGUCCAGGAACUUAUGAAUGAAAACAAAGGUCUCCAGGUCCAGAAUGAGAACAUGCAAGCCCAAUUGUCUUCACAGGCCACCCAUGUCUCCCAUAUUGAAGAGCUACAGAAGCUACUGGCUGAAAAAGAGCUGCAGAGGAAGAGUCUGGAGGAUUCCCUGAAUGCUGAGAGGAGCAGCGGGGCCGGUAGAGAAACGAACAUGCAGGCCUUGCACAAUGAGAACAUGUCACUGAAGGCAGAUCUUCAGAAUCUGCAGGCACUGAUUUCAGAUCAGACUGCCUCUCAGUUGGCGUUGGACCAGUUCCAGCAGAGUGUCCGGGAGAAGGAGGAGAACAUGAAAACGGUGGAGGACUUGCUGGAGAAGGGGCUGAUUGAGGUGGCCAACAAGGAGGAACAACUGAACACUGUAAGAGAAGAGAACGAGGCUUUGAAACAAGAAAUUGAGGCCAUUAAGAGACAGGCAGCAGAUCAGGCAUCAUCAGAGUCCAUAGUGGAAGAACUCCAGAGCAAGAUCCAAGAGAGAGACGUGAAGCUCAAAUCAGUGGAGGAGAGUUUGCAAGCAGCACAGGACAGAGAGAAGACAGCAGAGGCUCUGGAACAGCAGUUGGCUGCCCUGCAGGCAGAGAUGGAACAGCUGAGACAGAAGGAGAUGCCAGGAGUGCAGAGCAGCUCUGGUACCGAGAUCCAAGAACUCCAGGCUCAGCUGGCAGCAAAGGACCAGGAGCUUCAGAAGCUGCAGGCUGAGCUGGAGGCGAGGAGUAUGGAGCUGAGUGAGAAGGUGGAGCAGGUACAUCAGCAGCAGGCCCAAACAGCAGUCCCAAGCCAGGAGCUUCUUACAGAGUUGUCAGAGAAGGACAAGCAGGUCUCAGAUCUGCAAGCUGAGCUGGCUGAGCUGAAGGACUCUGUGGAGCUUCACAGGAAGAAGAACAAUGAGCUUCGGGAGAAAAACUGGAGUGCAAUGGAAGCUCUCUCAGCCACCGAGUCCAUACUUCAAGGGAAACUCAGCAAAGCUGUCAAGGAGAACCAGACAGCCCUGGCAGCGGUUCAGGCCGAGUGUCGAGAUGUUCUGCACAGACUUCUGCCCCAUGUGCCUCUGCCCAGUGAGCAGAACCAUCAGGAGUGGCUGCAGAGAUUUGAGGGGGCAGCAGCGGAAAACGUGGCCACACAAUCCACCCCUGCAUCAGGAGAAUCUAAGGGACUGGCUGAGAAGCUGAGAGAAGCCGAGGAAAGCCAAAAGAUUCUACAGAAAGACUGCGAGACAUACAAGAAGGUUUUGGCAGAGACGGAGGGCAUCCUGCAGCGCCUCCAGAGCAGCGUGGAGCAGGAGGAGUCUCGUUGGAAGGUGAAGCUGGAGCUAUCACAGGGAGAGCUCAGAGAGAUGGGCCAGAAAGUUACAACUCUGGAGCAAGAGAUCGACAGAUUAGGUGAUGGAGCGGAGCUGGAAAAUCUGAGAAGAGAAAAGCAGCAUUUGGAGUCUGAUUUGGAGAGGGCAGAGCGUGAGAGUGCCACAUACGUGACGGAGGUCAGAGAGCUCAAAGAUCUGUUGACUGAAUUGCAGACCAGGCUUGAUGGCUCAUAUACAGAGGCUAUCAGACAGAAUGAGGAGCUGAAUUUGCUGAAAACCCAGCUCACCCAGACUCUGUCCAAGCUGGAGACAGAAGAGAACGAGAGGCAAAAGGUGGCUGGUGAUCUCUUUAAGGCCCAGCAGUCUCUCGAUCUGAUCCAGGGGGAACUUUCAAACGUGAUGGACAACGCUGACGACCUGAUAGAGAACAGCAGUCUGACGUCACAGAGAGAAGAGAUUGACAGAAAGGAGAAAAUGACUGCAGGACUGAACCAAACAGUCAGAGAACUGCAGCAGCUGCUACAAGCUGUCAGCCGGCAACUCGCCAAGGGACAGGAAGGGGAGGGGGAAAAAGACCUGCCCAAGGUAUAGUAGGAGGACAAGUGAAGCCCCCACGCAGCCACCUUGACUGCACUACAGAGACCACCUUUGACCUUCGGUCUCAUCACUACCACCAUCACACCAUACUGUCAGGCCCAGCCACCCACCCUUCCUCAAACUCUUUCUAUUACCUCACCUGUACUGAAGGCUGCCUCUGCCUGACUGUGGAAAACCACUCCCAGUCCCACAGUUGGCCAUAAGGGAGCAGGCAAUGGUUACUGUUAACUCCAAACACUCCACACACUGUACCAAAACACACUACUCUGCUCCCACCACAUUCCUCUUUUUCAGCAGUAUCGCCAGUUCAUUUUUAUUCUGACAUCCAGCAUAAUUUAAUCUGUGUGGCAUCCAUUCCUCUGUUUAAAAACACCUGUAUUUUUCAAUGAAAUCCUUUUGAAAACUGCUGUAGUUUGUUGUUUAUUUGUAAAGAGAGGGCAGGCAUACAAAUUUCCACCUUGAUGAGAACAAAUUUUAGGUUUUCUGUCCUUUUUUUUUUCUUAACUUCAAAACGUGUAUUGUUAAAUGUAACAGAUAGGACCUGCUGAAAUACACCAUGUUGUAGAUCUGUUUGCCUCCUGACCAGAAAAACGAUCAAACUGUGCAUUCACGAAUUCAUAGCUCCAUGCAUACCAUGGCUCAGUAUUGGAUGGGAGAACGGGGUCAGAAGGGGUCUCAGCAUAUCAGAAGGGUCACUAAGUGACUGUAACUAUGGAGAUGCAUGGACGAAUUAAAGUCGAGUCUAUACUGCAGCUCCAGAGGGAAGGGAGUCUGUGACCCUGGCUGUGGAAGUAGAAGGCCAGGUCAACAGUGUUAGGUUUUUAAUCCAACUGCAACUACUCUAGGAAUAAGCGUCCCAUAUCAUCUGUAAUCAACACUUGCUAUAUUGUUGCAAAGUUCAUUAACACUGAACAUUUUGUUCUUUUUGUAACAGGUGAUGUUAAUAAAAGGGAUGCUAGAUAAAUCUG